UAUGAAUGACGAGACUGAUCCAAUGAUGAUACACUACAGGGUUUUAUGGCGUUGGGGGCUAUCCGCCUUGUCUUUUAUCCCAAUGUAAUUUCAUCAGCAUGUAAAAGCUGGCAUUGUACAUUAGACUGUAUAUUAGUACAUUUUUUUUUCGUCAUCAUACCUGAAUUAUUCUCUUGGUCAUACCUGUAAUUCGAGUAACAUGUCUCGUGUCGUAGUCUCGGUUUGGGUUUAUCUACCUAUGUGUUAUAUCUAUGUAUAUAGUUUGGCCCGUAUCCAUCCACUCGCGCAAGCGCAUCGAUCCUUCCCUAUCGUCUUUGCUACAAUCUCCCUUUCCUUCAUAAUACCAUCCUUCAUCCUUGCGACUAUCGUGUUGUCUCCUCAUUCAUUUCCUUCCUCUCUUGUCCUUUCCUUCACUUUACCAAUACUUCCGUUCCCUUGGAUUUAUCAUUCUGUUUUAUUUUAUUUAUUCAUUUAUAAUUUAUUUAUCUUACCCUGUAUUUUAUUUUUUAUUUUAUGUUAUUGUACGGAGUAGAAAAAAAAAAAUUAAAAGAAGAGGGAAACACAAGGGAAAAAAACCGAGG